AUGUAUGUUCCGCUGUACCUGGCGUACGUCUUGAGUAUCUGUCCUUUUGCAGCCUCACUGGAUCACAGGGCGCCGGCUGGGAUCGAAGCCCCGGCUUAUGUGCCUCCUUUCCUUCCACCCUCUGUCAACCAGGUUCCUCCGCCCGUAUACAUACCGCCUCCUAUUGUGGACGUGGCAUCUCCCGGCGUCGUUCCGCCUUCUGUCAUCAAUGUAUCGCCCCCUCCUAUAAUCCCAUCACACCCCUUGCCGGCCCCAGCAGCUCCCAAACAGUCCUCUGGCGUCCCCCUAAAUGGACUCGCUCCCCACGUAGCCUCGUCACCCCCCAACACACUCACAGAAGCGGCCAUCGAACAACCCGUCGACACCCUCGGCGGCCGCGUCUACAUGACCAACAUCAGUCUCGCUGGCCACCCCUACACCCUCAUCAUCGACACCGGCUCCUCAGAUACCUGGAUCGCUGCCUCAGACUUCGAAUGCACGUCCCGCGUGUCCCACGCGAGGCUUCCGCAGAAAAAUUGCGGGUUCGGAAACCUCUACGAUGCGGUGGAUAGUAGGACGUACAGCACGAUUCCGGGACGGGCCUUCAGCGUGAAGUACAGCGAUGGGGAGUAUCUGAUGGGCGAUAUGGGUGUGGAACAGCUGAGUGUCGGUGCGGUUGAUGGUGGAAAGGGGGGCUUGACGGUGAACCAGACGAUAGGCGUUGUGGAGCGGGGAUGGUGGAUGGGUGACGGGCGGAGCAGCGGGCUGAUGGGGUUGGCGUACCCGACCCUGGCGAGUAAUUAUCGGGACUUGAAUUACACGACUGUGGUGGGGUCGCUCUUCGAAACGCACCAAAUCCCCGCCAUCUUCUCCCUCGCGCUCUCCCGGCCUACACAACAGGCCCCCACCGCAGGCGGCCUCCUCGCCAUAGGCGGCAUCCCCGACGUGUCCUACUCCACGCCCUUCGUAAGCGUCCCCGUCACACCCAUCGUCUCCAACACGUACGCGUUCUACACCAUCCCCAUUGACGGCUUUUCCAUAACGCCUCCGUCUUCCUCAUCGGACACGCUCCCCCCCUUUAAAAACAUCAGCUCCGACAAAAGCACCAGAAGCCAAAAUAUCACCGCUGGGAAAAGUACUAGAAGACAGAAUACGGGUGCAGGCCAGGGGGCGCCCCUCAAAAUGAUAAUCGACUCCGGCUCCACCCUCCUCUACCUCCCCGACUCCACGGCUGACUACAUCGCGUCGCUCUUCGACCCGCCCGCGCGCUACGUCGCCGCGUCAAACACGUACAUGACCGCGUGCCACGCCUCGCAGCCGCGCUUCGGGGUCAUCAUCGCGGGGCAGACGUUCUACGUUAAUCCGGCGGAUAUGCUGAACCGCGAGGGGAGGGGGCGGUGUUCGCUUGCGGUGCAGAGGCAGGAGGAGGGGAUGGGGUGCUGGGAGAUGCGUGGUUGA